UUCCUGUCCACCCCCGGUGACCAGUCGGGGCCGAAGUUGACCCCAUUCUCUACCGAAUCUGGGGAAUGAGGAGGAAUCAUCAGGACAGAAUCCGGACAGUCCAGCGCUCCCCUAGCCCCACCCCGGGAGUCCUUGGCGCGCGGCAGCUGCGGUACGCGGCGGGUGCCUCACACCUGCCAGCGUCUUCUCCACCCCAAGUUGUGAGGCCAAGACUCCCCAGUCCCGGAAGGCGUCCGACACCUGCUGCAGUCGUGCGUCUCCCCGCAGCUGCGGGCCUGCGCGUCCCGGUGCCGAGAGGGCCAAGACCAGAGCAGAAAGGUUAGGAUCCAGCCAUACCUCAAUGGAGCCCAGGGGCAUCUUGAAGGCAUUUCCCAAGCGGAAGAAAGUUCACACCAACCCAUCAUCAAAAGCUCUUGCAAAGAUUCCUAAGACGGAAGACAGAGUAGAAGCAGGAGAGUGGCUGAGCUCCGUGCGGGUGCACGUUGUGCCCACCGGCAUUGGGAGAGCCCGGGCAGAACUCUUUGAGAAGCAGAUUGUCCAGCAUGGUGGCCAGAUAUGCCCUGCUCAGGCCCCAGGGGUCACUCACAUUGUGGUGGAUGAAGGCAUGGACUGUGAGCGAGCCCUCCGCCUCCUUAGACUGCCCCAGCUGCCCCCAGGUGCUCAGCUGGUGAAGUCAGCCUGGCUGAGCUUGUGCCUGCAGGAGAGAAGGCUGGUGGACACAGCAGGAUUCGGCAUCUUCACCCCCAAGAGGUACCUGGAUGAAGCACAGCUCAGCAAGGCAGACCAACUCUCUUUUACACCUCCUGGAGCCGGUGAGGCUCAGCCCAGGACAGCCCUGUCUCCUUCCCGACCUCCCACCAGACCUAUAUCUCCUGCCUGGAGGGCAGAGGCAGUUGCAAGCAUCCAAGCCCAGACCAGCUCUGAUGGUGAAACCAGUGAUGGGGAAGAGACCCAAGUUAGCGGUGCUGAUCUGGAAGCCCUGAUCAGCGGCCGCUACCCCAACCCCUUUGAGGGAGAUGGUGAGCCUAGCCCAGCCCCCAAGGGCCUGGAUAAGUGGGUCUGUGCACAGCCUUCGAGCCAGAAGGCAAUCAACCACAACCCCCAUAUCACAGAGAAGCUGGAAGUAUUGGCCAAAGCCUACAGUGUUCAGGGAGACAAGUGGAGGGCCCUGGGCUAUGCCAAGGCCAUCAAUGCCCUGAAGAGCUUCCACAAGCCUGUCACCUCCUACCAGGAGGCCUUUGGCAUACCUGGGAUUGGAAAGCGGAUGGCUGAGAAGAUUGUCGAGAUCCUGGAGAGUGGGCAUCUGCGGAAGCUGGACCACAUCAAUGAAAGCGUGCCUGUCUUAGAGCUCUUCUCCAACAUCUGGGGAGCUGGAACCAAGACUGCCCAGAUGUGGUACCAUCAGGUCACACCCUGUCCUAGCCCCUACUUCAGUUUUACGGGUUUCCGGAGCUUAGAAGACAUCCAAAACCAGGCCUGUCUGACUACCCAGCAGGCCAUUGGCCUGAAGCAUUAUGAUGACUUCCUAGACCGCAUGCCCAGGGAGGAGGCUGCAGAGAUUGAGCAGACAGUCCGGGAAGCAGCUCAGGCCUUCAACCCCGGGCUGCUGUGCGUGGCAUGUGGUUCAUACCGACGGGGAAAGGCAACCUGUGGUGAUGUGGACGUGCUGCUCACCCACCCGGAUGGCCGCUCUCACCAGGGCAUCUUCAGCUGCCUCUUGGACAGCCUCCGGCAGCAAGGGUUCCUGACGGAUGACCUGGUGAGCCACGAGGAGAAUGGCCAGCAGCAGAAGUACCUGGGUGUGUGCCAGCUCCCGGGGCCAGGGCGGCGGCACCGACGACUGGACAUCAUCGUCGUUCCCUACAGCGAGUUCGCUUGUGCCCUGCUCUACUUCACCGGCUCUGCCCACUUCAACCGCUCCAUGCGGGCUCUGGCCAAGACCAAGGGCAUGAGCUUGUCAGAGCAUGCCCUCAGCACAGCUGUGGUCCGCAAUGCCCAAGGCCACAAGGUGGGCUCUGGCCAAGUGCUGCCCACCCCCACUGAGAAGGAUGUGUUCAGGAUCUUAGGCCUGCCCUACCGAGAACCCGCUGAGCGGGACUGGUGACCCGGCUGCCCCUCCUGGCCAUUCAGCCAGCCUCAGCGGGCUGAACCUCACUGCGUCAACCACUGGCUCCUCUGGGCUUGAUGGGAAGAGUCAGCCUGACUCCCAGGGCUGCCUGGCCCUCUCUGCAGCAGGGUCAGGUGUUACCCUGUCUACCUCACCAUUGCCCCUGAAGAAUUGUGCACAUGGCCCCCUGCCCCAUUUUAGGCAGGAACUGGUACCUGGAUUGGGGCCAGCUUCCUGCUUUGGAGGCCCAGGCAUCCCCACUUCUCUACCCCAAGGAGGGUCUAGCUGCUGGGGGUGGGAUGGGGGCUGCAGGGGAGAGGCAUAUUGCUUUGGUCCAGCAUCACCCAAGACCCUUCAGAGCAAACGAGCCGCUCCAGAAGUGCUUCCUCCACCUACCUCCCUUGCAGUGCAGCUAUAAGUGUGGGGAGUGGGCACCCCAGGAUCAAUGAGGACAGUGUUUGAAGGCCCAGGGGCCCGAUAAAGUGCACUUAACAUUCA